AUGGGGGAAGGGAGGAAGACGGGGAGGGGGAAGAUAGAGAUAAAAAUGAUAGAGAACACGACCAACAGGCAGGUGACCUACUCCAAGAGGAGGGGAGGUCUCUUCAAGAAGGCCAAGGAGCUCACAGUGCUCUGUGACGCGCAGGUUUGCCUUCUCAUGCUCUCCAGCACCAACAAGUUCUGCGAGUAUUGCAGCCCUUCGACCAAGUCCGCCCCAGCAAAACCCUCUCUCUCUCUCUCUCUUUCUCUCUCUCUCUCUCACUCACUCACUUCACCUUCUUUUUCCGCAGCACGAAGGCCGUCUUUGACCGUUAUCAGCAAGCCACACGGAUCGACAUCUGGGAAGAGCAGUAUAAUGUACGAGAGAGAUCUUCUCUCUUCAAAACUUUGCUCAUCAUCUUUUCUCUCUCUCUCUCUCUGGCGCAUGUGAUAUUAACCGCAAGCAGAUCAAGCAUAUCUAUAUAUUUUUCUAGGGUUUCUCAUCCAAUUUAUGCUUGCGCAGAGCAUGCAAAAGGAGUUGGCACAGCUCACGGACACGAACAACAGGCUCCGCCGAGAGAUCAGGUAGAUUGUCAGCCCGUCUCCUCCAUCUAUGUUGCUUGAUAUAUUCUCUUCGUUUUCCGUCUUCCGGGAAAGAUAAUUCCUCCGAAGAGAAAGCAAGAACAAAAGGAACGCUAAGAGAGGUUUCCUGUGCAGUCAGAGGAUGGGUGAGGAUCUGGACGACCUAGACAUGAGACAGCUGCGAGGUCUUGAGCAAGAUAUCGAGGAAUCCCUGAACACAGUUCGGGGGAGAAAGGUGAUCGUCCUCUCCAUCCUUCCAUCACGUCUUGUUUUUUUACUUACAAUUUCUUCUCGUUCGUCCCUUCUUCAUCUGCUUCGUCCCUUCUCCACAUGUCUCCCUUCCACGCAUAUAUAACGUACAUCUUCGUCUGGGUUCUCAUAACAGGAGAAGCAGAUUUCCAGCCAGACGGAAACUUUCAAGAAGAAGGUAUGAGAACAUCAACAUAGAGACGUUUUCAUCCUUCCUUUCUUGUUUUCUUCGUUCCAGUGCAAUUUCCAGUCAUCUCUCUCGUCGAUCCUGUGUGUCUUUCGUGGGCUGAGUCUUCCAUGCCUAGUCUUUAUCAGUCAGUGAGAAGAACAGUGGGACUAGACGGCCGAAUCUCACGGACCCUGUUGAUGAAAGAUAAAGCGAAACGUACAGGUCUCUGACUCCACGUAGUAGGCACAGAUGGUCAUACCGUCGAUGAUUUGGACCUUAGGGGGUGCACUUUGUGAGAAAUUUUCUUGGGUUUCAUUGUGGACACGACCAGCUCGCCUUCUGUUUCCUCUUGAUGUCGGACCUCCAGAGAUAUCUGGAGUAAAUAGGAAGAAGAGAGGACUACAAUCGCGCACAAUAACGGGCUAACUUGCGAAGAUCGAGUCACAUCGCUGGAGACUGAUGCCAACGUGCAAAAAGGUAGAAUCCAUCAAAGAACAGGUUCUCUGGCGAAGAGAGAAGAGUUGGACUCUGGCGGUCGUUGGACGAGUUCGUCACUGAUCAAAGAUAAUGUCUAGUCAGUCCCCACAUAAAGGAGCGUCAAGAACAGGACGAAAGAUGAUGUUUUUAUAAUAAUAAGGCCUUAGAUUACCGGAAGACUAUGGUCAUUGAACGAAUUAUAGUGCCCUAGAUUUGUAUGGUCGGCAAAUUACCCGUAUUAACCUAGCCGGAGGAUGAUACCGCUUCCGGAUGCUGGUAGAUAUCGCUUUUCUUACGUAAGAUAGAUGGGGUCUUUGAUGUCUGCCUCCUCCAUGACUCCCCCUUGUAACUUCUUAUAUCAUUCAGCGCCGAAGACUCGACUUGGCUGUACCGAAUCUUCUUAUUCUGGCUGAAACCUUGCUAUCAUUUUAUGGGUUAUUCUUCCUGAUGGUGGAGCUUGCUCUCCUUUUCAUUGAGAGUGAAGAUAUCAUAUUGCUCCAGUUCCUACAUAUAGAUUGGGAUUGAUCAGGAUAUCUAUACGAGGUAUCAAUGGAAUGUUUAUCAUCCUAUUCCCAGGAAGCAACGUGUCUACUUGAUCUUCGGUUACCGUCAAGGGGAUCGGGUGAAAAGCAUAGAAAGCUGUGAAAAGAAGAUGAUUUUGGCAUAUAUAGCAUCGAGAGGAUCAGCAGGUUAUGGGCUGGAAGAUUGCAGCAAUUAACUAUGAAACUGAGACAUUUGCUGUCUUAAAGAACCGGAGAGGCAUGGUUUGAUCCACAGGACGAGCCAGAGACUUCUCUGGUGGAGCAAAAAGUGAUCGAUCUUCCACGGCUUCGCGCAUUUUACUUCCAAGAUCCAAUUUCUCUGAAAUUUCUCUUUUAAUGUUUCGUUGGGUCAGCGUAGAAUGAUCCAUAAUCUUCACAGUGGUGCCUACUAUAUACUUGAUGAAUAUCACGUGAACAACAGACUGCAGCCAUCUGGGAAUGAUGAUAUCAUAUCACAGAGAGGAAAGAAAAACCCAGAAAUCUAUGACAAAUAAUGGUGGAACAUUAAGAUAGUUUCGCCUAGCUCAGGUUUUCUAGGGUUCUUAGUUUCCCUGACAGACGCUAGUGAGUCCCUUUAUUAUGACUCAUGAGACUCUAUAUUUCUUCCACUUUGACUCUUUCUAUUUUUCCUUUCAUUCAUAUUUUUUCUCUGAUCGAGUAGUCAACUGAUUCUCCUUGCAGGUGAAGAGCUCCGAGGUUCAGCAUCAUAUGCUGCUGCAGAAACUGGUUAGUUUUCUUGCGCUCCAUCCCGUUUCUUCGCGUCUUUGGUCCCGUUUGGAUUGCCGGAAAACGAAUAAGAGAGUGGAGAUUCCGAAACCCCUAGCUCCCAAAUGAUAAAUAUGGACGUGUCAAGGAGUGAAACUACGUGGAUGAUUAUGGAAUAUACACGUGUCAAAAGAGGACUAUUUUUUCGAUGAGCUUUUCUUCUUGGACGGGCCUUAUUGGGUUAUUAUGAGGCCCAUUAUAAUUUCCUUUACUGCCCAUUAAGUAGACUUGUCUGAUCUCCGCAGCAAGAGGUCGAAGCGAGGUUCAACUACGGCUACGUUGACGGCGGACCAAAUGAGUUUGGGCCUUUAAUGGACCUCAGCGGCGGGGAGGCGGCCCACCAAACGUACGGCUUCCGCGUGCAGCCGAGCCAGCCCAAUCUGCAUGGCGCGGGGUAUGGCUUCCACGAGCUCCGCCUCUCCUGA